AUGCCAGCUGUUUUCAAUGCUGUGUCCUGGAAGGGGAAGGGACAAGCGGGAUCGGUCACAUCGGUCACCCUCGUCUCGGAGUCGACGACUGAAACAGAGAGAGAGAGGUCACGACUGCAGACGUUUCUACGGAUCCCUUCGCCGCUCCGGGAGCCGAUGGGAUCCGGUCUGCCGGCUCUGGUGAUUGCCGGUGUCGACAAAGGCGGCACGAGUGAGGCUUGGGCGAUGAUCGCGCAUGAAUUCCAGGCUCAGACUCCAUGCCAUCGUCACAAAGAGUUGGGUUGUUUGUACAAGUAUGGGCAAGGCGCUGUUGCGGUUCAGGAUUGCUACAAGAGCUGUUUCAACCUUUCCUUGGUGCAAAAUUCCUCCAACUAUCUGCCCGUCGAUGGUACUCCAAGCUAUUUGUAUGGCGGCCUUAAUCUUGAGGCCAAGCCAGUCUCCCCUGCAACUCUAUUCAAGUUCUCGCCGGAAGCAGCGGUGUUGCUUUUGCUGCGGAAGCCGCUUGAUCGUGCACGUAGCCUCUAUAACCAUUGGUGCAAGGCUUCAAGCGCCGGGCCCCCACCUAUACGGGCAGGUUGCGAGUCUUCACUCGAAAGUCUACUUUCGACUGAGUUGCAGUUCCUCCACGACAAUGAUUAUUUGGUGAAGCAGUUCUUGAACGCCAGCUGCAUCAACAGAAGCGAUUGUGACCUUUGGUCGCCUAUGUGGCAAUACCGCACUGGCUUUGAGCCCUCUAUCGAGGCAGGGCAGCGCAAACAUGGGCACCGCAAACAUCGGCACCCGUACAUUCUAACUGGCAUGUACUUCCCAUUUGUUUAUACAUGGGCCCAGUGCACGAAGGCAAGACAGCUUGCUGUGAUGCAGAGCGAAUAUUUCUGGCAAGAUCCUAGAAGGUUGUGGACGGUCCUCGGCGUCAGCUCCGACUAUGUGCCGCUUCAACCUCAAAACAAAGCUAACGCAUACACGGCCAGAGCCACUCUUUCUCCGACCGUUGCGAAGCAGAUCGAAGAUGCGUUCAAAGAGCCUACUGAACUCUUACGCUCAUAUCUCCUUAUUCAAAGUUCAAGUAUCAUCGUCGUGCCAUGCGUUUCAAACACGACUUGGUGGCCUCAAUGA